CGCCAAUUAAAAUAUUAUUGAAGUUUGGCUAGUUGGCAGCCAGGGGGGAGCCAGCACCAGCGUCAGUGCCAGCCAGUGGCAUAAAAUGGAAGACAACAACAGCAUGUGUAAGAAUGUCAAAUUUGCAGCCGAGGCGCCAGUCGUUGCUGCCGAGGCAGCGCUCCAGGGCAAAGGUGCCGCGCAUCAUAAGCUGGUGGCAGUUGCUGUCACCGAGCCCGAGGAGCUGCUGGGCUCGGUGACCACACAGAACUGUCCGGGCACUAGAGCCAGUGCACGCGUCAUACAGAAAAUGAAACUGGACCUAACGCGUCCAAUGACGCCGCCGCCUGCCGAGCGUGAUGCAAGCAAAAAAGAGGAGAAGGCGGCACAGAAGACGCCUUCGCAGCUGCGAGCCACAAACAAAACCAGUUGGACGAAUUUAGAACGCAAUUGUUUUUUCGAUGCACUCAAUGAAUUUGGGAAAGACUUUGAAGCGAUGGCCAACUGCAUAAAUGGCAAGCUCAAGCGGCGCAAUACCAGCAGCGAUCAUAGCUUCAAAACCAAGGAGCAAGUGCGUCAGCAUUACUAUCAAACAUAUCAUAAAAUUGGCAAAUACGUGCGCUACUCCGAUGAGCUGAAGAAGCCUGCACAGGAGCUAUAUACGCUGAUCAACUAUGGCGAGAUGCGACGCAAGCUCCAGUUUCUUACAGAGAAACACUUCAUGAAGCUCAAGCAACUUAUUUACCAAGGUCAAAUCACAGUCCGUUGCAAGGGAAAGAACACACGCAUUAAGACGCCCUCCUGCAAGGCGCUGCGACGUCUCAACCAACUUGAUGACUCCUUGGAGGACAUACGUUUGCCCAGCAAGGUUGAAGUUCUCGUAAGUCCCGCCAAUAUGGAAGCCUUUGGCCGCGUGCAGUCUCUGGCACAAAAUCCACGUGGACGCGUUAUAGUGCCACUGCACAAGAAGCUCAUUAGCUUCAUCAAUACCUUUCAGUACAAAUGGCGCAGCGCCGAAGCGCGUCUGGCCGAGCAGCUGCAGAGCAUCAGCGAGCAGGCGCUGUGCUUUACGCCCAAACCAGGCGUCACCAUACAUCGACCGCUGUUAAGCAUCACAGCCUAUUUGAGCAGUGUCAACAUCUGCUUGACCGCCUACGAGGAGCGUCUGGGCGUCAAGGUGCGCAGCGAGACGCUGAUGAACACGGUGGCCACUGUGAGCAAGCGCCCACGCACGGAGAGCGGCUCGGAGAAGCGUUCGCCGGAAAGCAAAAAGCUCAAGCCGUUAAACAGUCCGGCGCAUGAGAAGUCACUGGAUGAGCUGCAGGUGAAGCUGGAGAAUAGCAGCGGUGACGAGCUAAGCGAAGAGAUUAACGAACUGCUGAGCACUCCAACUACAAGUGCAACUGUACAAACUACAGGCGAGGCACAGUCCACUGUCCCACCAGCAACACCAACAGCAAGUGAUAUGCCCAGCAGCAGCAGCGCUCCCACGCCCACUCCCACGCCUGUAGCUGCCGCACCCAUUGCGCCGCCCUCGCGCAGCAAACGCAACGAGGCCAAAGCACAUGCAGCUGCUGCCGCCGCGCGCAAUUUUCGUCCGCUGCUGAGCGAUGAGGUCAUCAAGCGCAUGCGUCGCGGCUGGACAGUGCUCAAUGCUGCCGACAUAACGAUAGGUGAUCUGUAUGUGGUGCUUGGUCAGGACUCCAAGCUGGAGCUAGAUUACUAUUGGUGCGAUGCUGAACUAAAGAGUACAACAGUAGCCAACGCCAGCGCCACUACCACUACCACUACUACCACUUCAACUUCCUCUGCUGCUGCGCUGCCGUAUAAUGUCAACGACUGUGAUAAUGUGGAACGUGUCAAGGCCAUAACGACGUCCACAGUGAGCAACAAACUGAAGCAUCUGCUGCUCGUAGCCAAUCUGAGCGAGCGUGUGCGCAAGCGUCAAUGUAGCUGUGGCCACAGCUGCGAUCGCAAACGUGAUCUGUUGAGCAAGACGCAGUGGCUCAGUAGCCUGGCCAGCGGUACACCCAUGGCAGCGGCUGCUGCUGCCGACGGCAGUGAUGCGUCGGUAUUUCGCACGCCCAUGCUGCCAAUGCGUCGGCCCAUGACCAGCAUUAUAGAUCCAGUUCGUCAGCUAUCCACCUUAACACGUCAGAAGCUCUCGCGGCACAUCUUAGUGCAGCGUCGUCUCUUGCCGCCCGCAACAGAUUCCUCACAGCCCUACGAUCUGCUUGGACGCAGUCUUUUCGAACCCAUUGAACGUGUCAGCAGCAGCAGCAACAUCGGCGGCAACAACAUAGUCGCCACUCCCUUAAGCAGCAGCAACAUCAACAGUGGCAGCCAAAUCAGCAGCAGCAGCUCAAAUGCUUUACCACUGCCUGAAAUCGAAUAUGACAACGGUGACAAUUAUGCCAGCGGUCUUGAUAUGCCCGAUCUUAAUUUUACGGAGGAAAACAAAGCCCCGCCCACAGCCGCCAACGCCGCCUCCGUUGCCGCCACCGCCACCAGCAACUUGCCAGACCAGGCGGAGGAUGAGAGCAACACACAAACUUUCUUCAAUGGCAGCGUUGGCAGCGUUAGUCCCAUGCACCUCCUGCGCGACUCCACAUCAAAUGCCCGGUGGCUGGAGGAGAAUAUUAAUGAUUUUUCGCUGACCAGCUUAUUGGGUCAUCUGGAUGACUUUGAUGCCACGCGCGAUAUACUAGACCCUUCUUCCAGCUUAUCAGUGAUAAGUGAAACCAGCGUCGAUUUUCGUCACAAAUUUCAGGAGAUUUCAGCGUUGCUACAACAACAGGAAAAGGAUUAGCAUUGCUAAGCCUCGGCAGCUGCAAUUUCCUGUCUACAUGCCUGCCGACCUUGCGGGUCAGUUGCCAAGUCAGUUGUCUUCGUUGUCCUUAAACCGCAUCAAAGAAAAAGUAUUCGUAUUAUUUAUUAUGCUUACUCAACAAUUUCUACAAAUUUGUUGCAAAUUCCAUUAGAGCAGCAGCAG